AUGUCUAACUAUCCCAACUACUAUCGACCGCCUGGCCCUCCAUCGGGUACCAAUACGAACCAAGCACCAUCAAGCUAUCCACCAUACUACCAGGCACCUCCCAACCCACUUCUAUCCGCUUAUCAGCAGCCCAUCUAUCCACCUGCACCAGGACCUUCUGGCUUGCAAGGACCACCAAGCUACUAUCCUCGUGUGGGCUUCACCAGACUCCCCGCCAAGUUCCAUAUCUGGAAUGUAAUGAUCAGCGGCGGCACUAGCUGUCUCGAGCUGGGCCAUCAGCUCAAAGGCCCAGUAGCAUACUCUGCAAAGAUGUUCUCUAGCAGCAGGCUUAAGAUCAAGGAAGGUCCAUAUGCAUCUGAGAAUCUGCCUAUUUGCACCAUAGAGAGUCGUCAUACCUUCAGCAGCAAGAGCACCAUAACCUUCGAUGGCUUCCAAGCCAACUUUGUGGAGACGAGCAUGUUUAAUGAUGGCGCUACCUGGCCGUUUGAUGUUGAUGUCAAUGGUACCUUUCAGAGGUGGCAGUGGAGAAAGAGGAAGACACAAAAGACAUCAACAAUGAGACAGAUAGUGGAAGCCUUUUCUGAUAGCGACUUUGGAAGCUGGGAGCUUGUCCCUGUGUCAGGCCAGGGCUGGCCUAUUGCUACUUUUGAAGCAUCGGGAGGUAACACCUUUGAGGAUAACGCAGCACUUGGAGUAUUCGAGUUUCACGGACCGGCAGCUGUUGGGCAGUUCGGUGACACUUUUGCAAAUAAUCGCGGCAUUGGCCAGCUCAUAGUCAGGCAAUGGCUCUGA